AUGAUAUCAGUUGGUCGAAGACAAAACACAGGACUAGUCUCAACGCAAACAACAACAACUACAGUAGCAACAACAACGACAACAGAAUCAACAACAGAGACAUCAGCUGGUUAUUCACCAUCUGUCUGGGAAAGGAAAACACGUUGGCAAAGACUUCGGAUAUGGUUACAACUCGUAUUGGAAUUUCUAUGUUGUCUGUUGGAUAUUGAAUAUCAUGUAUAUUGA